AGCAGUAUCGAUGCUGGUGGAGAAGUUGUGAAUUUGGGGCGAAAGAUCCCAGAGAGCUGAUAACGCAUGUCAAUUUUCACAGUUACCACACCAAACUGAAGUUCAUAGGCUCUCAGUUACGGGCAUUGCACCACGAUUUGCCAGCCUGUUUGCAGAACAGCCGUAGCUGGCAUCAGUUACCAAAGACUUCAGAGGAGUUUGUUUGCCAUUGGGAGAAUUGUGAUGUUACCUUCAAUAACCCAGUGUGGUUUUAUCAACAUGUUGCUAUUCAUGCUUAUGCUACUGAGGAAGAAACUGUUACAGAUCAGAACAAAGCUGUUUAUUGUCACUGGAAAGAUUGUUUAGGCGUAUUUAAAGGAAAGCAUAAGCUCUGGGAUCAUUUAAGAACCCACACACAAGAAAGAGUUGUAGCAUGUCCUACGUGUGGAGGAAUGUUCUCCAAUAACACUAAGUUUUUUGAUCAUGCUAAGAGACAAGUUUCAGAAGAGAAACAAAUAUUUGUUUGCCAGAACUGUCAGAAACAUUUUGCCAAUGAAAGGCUGCUACGAGAUCACAUGAGGGGACAUGUUAAUCAUGUUACAUGUGCCCUCUGUGAUACAGUAUGCACAAGUGUCUCCUCACUGAAAGCACACAUCAGAUUCCGACACUGUGAUGACCGUCCUUUCCAUUGUCACCUCUGUGACAACGGUUUUAAGAACGCGUAUGAUCUGCAUAAACAUGUUGAAACACACAAUGAUUCAGAUGCCUACAGCUGUGAUGUUGAAGGAUGUGGUUUUACUUCACGGACUUUACGAACUUUGACACAGCAUUACAAGAGAGCGCAUGUGAGUAAUGGCAUUCUGAAAUACAAAUGCCACAUCUGUCAGAAAUGUUUCUCCUGGAGUUAUACGUUGACCCUACACCUUCGAAAAGCUCAUGAACUCUGCAGUCAUUCUCGUUUCAGAUAUAAAGAAGAUGAUGAGGGUCACAUGAGUUUGAAUUUAGCAGUAUAUAAUGCUGUCAUGGGUUUAGGUCAGGCUCCUAAUAACAAGACAAUAACAAACAAGUCUUCAAGUCAAAAUAGUUUUGGAAGAGAAGGAGGGGACUCUGGCGAAAGAGACACUUCAACAGCAGAAGUACUUUUCACACCGCUUCAGCCGUGGUCACGAGCUACUGGAGAAAAUGUUGUGGUAGAAACAGAGACUUCUAUGCCACAGCCUGUGUAUUCUGAACUUCAAACUGCUGUACAGCCGUUCGAAAACAGUUGUACUUCAGCUAAAGUUGAUGAAGCAACACCGAUGAACGUGAAGGAAAAACUAGUAGAAAUGGAACUGGGCUUGGGAGAUAGCUUUCUAGAAAAACUGUGA